UGACGUUUUUGGUGGAUUUUGAGGUUAAGUACUGACACAUUUUUGGGAAACUGCGCAGGUAAUUUGCGCAAUCAGCCGGUUUCUUUGUUAUCAUCAUAAAAACAUGAUCAAAUCCUAGUGAAAGCCCCCAAAUAAAAUCAAAUAAAAUUAUGGAGUGUCCAGUUUGUUCAAGAAAAUUUCCAUCGAAUGAGAUUGAAAAUCACGUGGAUUUGUGUUUGUUCAAUGAAAGUGAUAAGUCUACCUCGACUUUCUCCAACAAACGAAUAUUUCCAUUCACUAAUGGCGACAAAACCGUCGUAAAAAAGGUGAAGAUCCAACAACCAGUUGAUACUCGUGAUGAUACGACAUCACAAGCUCCUGGAGGACAACAAAAAAUCACCGAAAAUACGAAACCCAAAACGAUCUCCAUGUUUUCUUCGACUUUUCGACACAAUAAUGAUAAUAAAAUGAGUCUGACAGGUGUCAAGGACCACCAACCACUGGCAGAAUCACUCAGACCUGUUGAUUUUAAUGAUUACAUUGGUCAGAAGCACGUGAUUGGUGGUGAUACUGUCCUGGGACAGUUGAUGAUGAAGAACGAGGUGAUCAGCAUGAUUUUAUGGGGCCCACCAGGCUGUGGAAAGACAUCUCUGGCCAACAUCAUCGCCAAGAUGACACCAGACAACACCUCAAUCACCACAAAAUUCAUCAAAAUGUCAGCAACAUCAUCUGGAAUAUCUGAUAUUCGACGAGCAGUGACAACAGCACUCGAUGAAUUAAAGAAAAAUCGUCGAACUGUUGUCUUCAUGGAUGAGAUUCACAGGUUCAACAAACUCCAGCAGGACAUCUUCCUGCCACAUGUGGAAGCUGGAACAUUUAUUCUCAUUGGAUCCACCACUGAGAACCCAUCAUUCAGCUUGAACUCUGCACUCCUCAGUCGUUGUCGUGUUUUUUCACUGAAAAAAUUGUCUCCAGAGGACAUUCAACAGAUUCUCCAGAAGGGAGUGCAAUCACUACGUGGAAAAAUCAUCCAAAAUGAUGAUGAGGAACAUCAUCAUCAGGAAUUUGUCAUUCAGAGGGAGGCAGUGAACUGGCUAUCGAAUGCCUGCGAUGGAGACGCGAGAAUUGCCCUGACUGGACUUGAAUUAACGAUUAAAUCGAGAGGAGGAGCUCCUGGUGGUACCAGAAUUACUCUGGAUGAUGUCAAGGGUCAGUUGGAGAGGGCAUAUUCGUUGUCAGUGAGGAAGACUGAUAGGAAUCAGGAUAUUGUGGCUGCUAUGGCCAAAUGUAUCAGAAAUAGUCAUUCAAAUGGAGCCUUGUAUUGGCUGGCGAGGUUGAUGGCAACUGGAGAGGAUCCAGUGUUCAUUGGAAAACGAUUGAUCAGAAUUGCUGGUGAACAUGUUGGUCUUGAUGAUCCUGAGGCACUGGAUACUGCUGUGCAUACAAUGAACGGCUGUCAAAUGAUCGGAAUGCCCGAGUGUGACGUACUCUUAGCCCAAUGUGUCUGUUAUCUUUGCAAAGUUAAUAAAUCAAAAGUUGUUAAUUCCGCCCUCAGACGAGUGCAAAAUGUUAUUCUUAAUCAUAAGGGACCGCAGCCCUCGGUUCCAAUUUUCAUAAGGGACACGUCAUCCCAGAGACGAUUACAAGUGACUAUUGGUCAGAAUUUACUGAGACUCGAUGAUAAAAGUAGAAAUCACUUACCACUGGGUCUGGAGGGCAGGAACUUCCUUGGAGAUGAUGAUGAUGAUGAUGAUGAUGAUGGUCUGGAGGAUGACACUACACAACACUAACACUAAUCACUUGAUAUGUUAAUAAAUUUAGAAAAAUCCAGUAUUUUUGUUAAUAUUAAUUUACUGUUAAAUAAAGAAUAUUUUUGUGAGA